GCGCAGCUCUCCUUGCCGGCUCGCGAGAACGAGCAGGGGAGGGGACGGAGCUGGCGCCCGAGGGCCGGAGGAGUCCGCUUUCCGCAGCGGGCAGCUGGGCUCCUAGCUGCGGCAGCGGCGGCCGGCGGCGGUGGCCGGGAGGUGGCAGCCCGCGCUGGGUGGCGGAGAGCCGCGGGGCGGGGGCUGCGGCCGGUGGCCCGCGAGAGAGCUUGCAGGCAGCAUGGCGGGGUUGCGGGCCAGGCGGGGCUCCGGGCUCCGGCUGCUGGCGCUGUCCACGCUCGGCUUCUGCCUGAUGCUGCAAGUCAGUGCCAAGAGGCCCCCUAAGACGCCCCCCUGCCCGCCCAGCUGCUCCUGCACCAGGGACACCGCCUUCUGCGUGGACUCUAAGGCCGUGCCCAGGAACCUGCCCUCCGAGGUCAUCUCUCUGACGCUGGUGAAUGCCGCCUUCUCAGAGAUCCAGGAUGGAGCAUUUUCCCACCUGCCCCUGCUGCAGUUCCUGUUACUCAACUCCAACAAGUUUACUCUGAUUGGAGACAACGCCUUCACAGGACUGUCACACCUGCAGUACCUCUUCAUUGAGAACAACGACAUCUGGGCACUAUCCAAGUUUACCUUCAGAGGACUCAAGUCUUUGACACACCUAUCGCUGGCCAACAAUAACUUGCAGACACUGCCUCGAGACAUCUUCCGGCCCUUGGAUAUCCUUAGUGACUUGGACCUGCGGGGCAACUCGCUCAACUGCGACUGUAAGGUCAAGUGGCUUGUGGAGUGGCUGGCGCACACCAACACCACCGUGGCUCCCAUCUACUGUGCCAGCCCGCCCCGCUUCCAGGAGCACAAGGUGCAGGACUUGCCACUGCGAGAGUUCGACUGCAUCACCACUGAUUUCGUGCUGUACCAGACCCUAUCCUUCCCAGCUGUGUCAGCCGAGCCCUUUCUUUACUCCAGCGACCUCUACUUGGCUCUGGCCCAGCCAGGUGCCAGCGCUUGCACUGUCCUCAAGUGGGACUAUGUGGAACGGCAGCUUCGAGAUUAUGAUAGAAUACCAGCCCCCUCUGCCGUGCACUGCAAGCCAAUGGUGGUGGACAGCCAGCUGUACAUGGUUGUGGCCCAGCUGUUUGGGGGCUCUUAUAUUUACCACUGGGACCCCAACACCACACGCUUCACCAAGCUGCAGGACAUCGACCCACAGCGCGUGCGCAAGCCCAACGACCUCGAGGCUUUCCGCAUUGAUGGCGACUGGUACUUUGCCGUGGCCGACAGCUCCAAGGCGGGCGCCACCAGCCUCUACCGCUGGCACCAGAACGGCUUCUACUCCCACCAGGCCCUGCACGCCUGGCACCGUGACACUGACCUGGAGUUCGUGGACGGCGAGGGCAAGCCACGGUUGAUUGUAUCUAGCAGCUCCCAGGCGCCUGUCAUCUACCAGUGGAGUCGCACCCAGAAACAGUUUGUGGCCCAGGGCGAGGUGACCCAGGUGCCCGACGCCCAGGCCGUGAAACACUUCCGUGCUGGUCGUGACAGCUACCUGUGUCUCAGCCGCUAUAUCGGCGACUCCAAGAUCCUGCGUUGGGAGGGCACCCGCUUCUCUGAAGUGCAGGCCCUGCCUUCCAGGGGCUCCCUGGCCAUGCAGCCCUUCCUCGUGGGCGGUCGCCGCUACCUGGCGCUGGGGAGUGACUUCUCCUUCACGCAGAUCUACCAGUGGGACGAGGGGCGCCAGAAGUUUGUGCGGUUCCAGGAGCUGGCUGUGCAGGCCCCUCGGGCCUUCUGCUACAUGCCUGCUGGCGACGCCCAGCUGCUCCUGGCCCCCAGCUUCAAGGGACAGACUCUCGUGUACCGACACAUCGUGGUGGAUCUCAGUGCCUAGAGGGUGCCUGGCCUCUGGGGUCUGGGUGGCUGCGGGAGGCUGAAGGGAAGUCUCUCUGUGAGCAGCAUGUGUGCCUGCACAUGUGAAGACACGUGUAACCAACCUGCGUACACGGCCUCAUGGACACGCCCCCCCGCCCCCACCCGUGAGCAUGGAUACACACUAUGGGUGGGCCCAGGGGAGCCACUCACCAUAGUUGUCAUCAGCAUGGAGACCUGGAGAUGUGCCAGGCAACUCAGCGGCCCUGUGCCCUCUCCUGUGUGGACAUUGGUCGCCCUAAGACUCUGCCCCCCUUGAUCUGCUGCUUUCUCUGGGCUCUGGCCCCAGGGGAGGGGGCAUGGGGGAGCAGAACCACCCGUCCCAUUUUUCAGCUUAGCUUUCCUACUCUCUGGUCUCUCCUGUUGGUGCUCCGGGGCUCUGUUUACCUGCUCACGUCCGUACUGCAGCCUGGGGCCGCAGCCUCCACGCUAUGGGGCUCAGUCCCCUGCGCUAUGCUCCUUCGGCAUGCACACGCAGACACUGAUGGAUGCCCUCAGUUUACACACAUGCGCCCUGCUAAUUCUCCCACUUCUGUGUGCACACAUGCAGAUGCAGGGCGGCCUAAAGAGGCUCUCCUUCAUCACCUUGGCUCCCUUCUUGGAGAAGGCACUUGGUCCCUGCCCUCCUCGGCUCACUCAUCCCUCAUGUGCCCACCCUGUAACUGAUAAGGAUGGGAAUGGUGGUGCCAGGCUCUGGGCACCAGCUUGAUCUCCUGGGGGCAAAGCCCCUCUGUCCAAACCAAUAACAAAGCAGACCCUGAGCUCUUCUUAGGGUCCUCUCUGUUCUCCCUGGAGUUUCCUGCUCUGACCUUGAAUCCAGCUCACCUGGGGAUGGGAGACCACCCAGAUAAAAGCCCUUCAGCUUUUCUUCACCGUGGCUGCCCCAGCUUUCUGACCACCCCCUGGUUCAGCCUCGCCUUUGGGAUGUGGACCUUGAGCUGUGUAGGCUCUGUAAGGUGGGUCCCAACGCUGGCCGAGCCAGGGCCCCCGGCAAGCACCCGAGCCAAAUGGGCCAGUGCCAAGAGUGGAGGAGGGCUAGAGAGCAUCCUGGGGAUCCCAGGACCUCUCCAAUCCACAGAGGCAGGCUCCAGGAGCAUUGUGUCUUAGUGCGAGCUGAGGGGUGGAGGGGGGGUGAGGGUCCGCAGAGGUAGGACCUGGGAGCCAAGCUUCUGCUGCCCUCUGCUGUAGGCUGGGAAUAGGCAGCUCGGAGCUGCAAGGCUGGCGGAGAAGGCAUGGGGUGAGGUGGGCAGAAUUCCCUGUGCCCAGACUCUGUGAGGGCCCACUGGUGGUGGAUGCCCAGGGGCACUUGGGGGCAAUGUCAUGACUUCACUGCUGCAAAUAAAAAUGUCCCACCCCA